GGUUGUUGCACUUUAACUUUUUGGGGGCCUGAUGCAUGGCGGCAGCCUUGUUUGACUUGUGACAGCAGCAACACGAGACACUCCCGCGACCAGGGCCACAUCAUCGUCAACACCACCACCCACCACCACCACAGCAGCAGCGAUUGGACAGCGCCUCCUCCGCCGCCAGAGCACGCGCCGUCACACGACACCACACGACCCGACCCGGCACGCCCCUGCCUGCUACUCUGCCAUUCUCCAUCACGACUGUUACAUUUCUGCCGCUUCUCGAAUACACUCGGCCGUCGAAACCCUUGCUGUCGAAAGACAACACCAGCUCCGUGCCCUUGUACAUCGCUGCGACGACAUCAACGCCCAACGACGACCAGCCCGCCAUGGCGCUCAUCUCCACAAAGACCAUCCUGACCUCGCUGUCGCUCUUCCACGUCACCCUCGCCUUCUUCUUCUUCACAAACCCAAACACCAUCGCAGAUCAGAUCCUCGUCUUCGUCCUCGGCGAGGCCAUGGGCAUGCCCGAGACCCCGGCCUUCUCGACGCCAUCACCGCCGACCGCCUUCCUCAGCAUCGUCCUGCUCUUCAUCGGCCUCUCGGACCUCUUGACCCUCUCAAUGCCCGAGGAGGUCUGGCUCAUGCACCACUGGGCGCCCCAGGCCCCGCUGCGGGCAUUCAUCUUCUUCGUGGCCACUGUCUACACGUAUUUUACGAACCCGGCGGCCCCGUCGCGGGAAGGCGUGCGCAUGUCCCACCUCAAGGCGCCGUACGUCGGGGCGCACUACGGCACCGCCGGAGGCGGCGAGGCCCUGCGCAACCGGCUCUUCUUCACGUUCGCGUUUGUCGAGUUCCUGGCCUGGUUCUGGGUCUGGGUCACCAUCAAGGAGGAUGCCGGCAAGUUUGUCUCGAAGAAGAGGAGACGGUCCAGUGCUGCGGGUUCCAAGGCGUGGUCGCAGACUCAGUGAGGGAGGGUCCUGAGUCCUUCGUGACAGUGCGAAAGGGGGUAGCAAGGUUUGGUUGCGUCGCGCACAAACUCGCGACAGCAAACAGUCGCGUAUAUCGAGAAGAAGCAUCUACAUGACAGGAGUUUGAUCAUUGCGAUGGGAUGGAUUUGUCGCCCGGAGUUGCCACACGGGCUCGGCAUAGCGGAGAAUCAUGUACGAUUUACGACAUAUUUACACAUAAAAACGGCAGACAGACACGCAGGCAGAAAGAUACCCCCAGUUUCUACUUUAAA